AUGGAGCUCGCUAACGGAAAAGUCCAUAGCGACGCGAAUGCUGGGUUAACCCGGCUUCCGACCGCAAAGCCCAAACUACAGAAGCAAGCCGGAGACCACCAAGAGAAAUUCAAAGCAAUGCCUUGGGAUGCUCCCGAACUAGAAUUUGAAGAUCCUCUUUUUGGCAUUGAAGUCGUAGAUCACGAACAAGACAAGUUCGUGUACUUCGAACCUCCCGAACUUCAUUUUUCCGACGAUGAGGAUGAAAGCACAAUUUCGGGAUAUUGA